AUGACCGACAGCGUACCAACGCUUCCAGCUGGACAGUCAGAUCGAAUUGACCUACACGUCGCGCUUGCAUUAUGGGCGUGGCCUGCACUCUCUUUCGCCUGUGCAAAUGCAUUCGGCGGCUCUCCUGAUAUUGCAGCGGCGAAGAGAGAAUGGCUCGCUGGUGCCAUUUCAGAGAUGCUGACAUCCACGCCGAGACAGCUCCGAGAUGCCGCAGAUGUUGAGGAAGUGCUUCUACAGGCACUGAAUGAUGAAUUCGAAGUUGUGGUUGAUGACGGGAGCGCAGAAGAGACAGCACAGGCGAUCUGGAGGGGAUGCGAGCUGCUAGCCACUGGCAACACCGCCGAGUUGCAAUCAAGAUAUCAGGUCUACUUGGAGAAGGAGAAGAGUUGGAAGAAGGAGUCAACCGGCUUUGUGCGCGGGAAGGACGACGAAGGCGAGGAGACGGACUGGGACGAAGAUGACGAUGAAUUCAAUGGCUUCAGCGAUGAGGACAUUGAGAUGGGCGAGGCUCCGCAGCCAACCGCAAAAAAGGAGAAAGUAGUGCCGCAAGUGGAUGAAGAUGGUUUUACGACCGUGGUCAGCAAGAAGAAAAGAUGA